AUGCAACCUGAAUCUCAUGUUGAUUUGAAAAAUGGAAUACUAUACAACAGACUAAAACAGAUAAAAUUAGAUAAUGAUAUUGAUUCAGAAUGGCCAGAGAAGAUACCUGUAUGGAGUUGCUACUUUGAUCCAAAAACAACUAGUAAAUUUUUGAAUUUGGUGAAGGUUUUCAAUGAUGAUGAUUUGAAACAUUUGAAAAGAUUAAUCAAGAUAGAUGAUAAAAUAAGAGGGUUGAUAUGUCCAGGACCAGAACUGACCAAAGAAGAAAUAAAGAAAUUGUUCAAAGAUGCUGCUUUUGAAUACCAUGAUUUAGAAUUAGUUGAAGUUCCAGCGCAUGGUGCUAAAUCAAUAGAAACAACUUUAAAAUGGGCAAGUAUAUGGCCCUUAAAUUGGAAAGGUAAUCCAAAUCAUCAAAUGUUGAAUAAAUUAUCAUUCGACAUUGAAUAUGAGUCUAAAAUGGUUAAUAAAUUACUUGAAACAUUGCAAGAAAAUACCGAAUUUGUUUCAGUAACUAUAUUUGUCAAGAAUAAUCAUAUUGAAUUGAUAGAGACAAAUAAGUUUGAAGAUAAAUUACAUCCCCAAGAUCAUGCAAUCAUGAAAAGUAUAGACAAGAUAGCCAAAAAUGAAUUAUAUAAAAGAAAGAAUUAUCCCGAUGAAGAAAUUGGUUAUUUAUGUAAUGGAUAUCAUGUUUAUUCUACUCAUGAACCUUGUGUAAUGUGCUCAAUGGCGUUAGCUCAUUCCAGAAUUAAUAAAUUUAUAUAUCUAAAAGAAACAAAUAGUGGUGGAAUGGCAUCUUCUUAUUAUUUAGGUGAUAGAGAUGGAUUAAAUUGGAAAUUUCAAAUUUGGAAAUGGAUUGGAAGUGAUGAAGUGGAGAGAAUUAAUGAGUUAAUUAGAGUUAGACAGGAAUUAAAAGAGUACUAG